AUGACAACUUUCUUGUCAACUGCAGACGAUGCCUUGAUAGCUGAGUAUGAUAAUGAAGACGAUGAGGAAAUGUAUAACAAUUACUAUAAAGACACGAAGUACCAGUUACUAGAUGAAGCUAUAAUUCCCACCAAUUUUAAUGCCCAAAAAGAAGUACGAGAGUGCCGAGUUUGUUCUGAUCGAAGCGAUGGAGCUCACUUUGGAAUUGAUUCAUGUCGCGCAUGUGCUGCCUUUUUUAGAAGAUCUGUUGUUAUGUCCAAAACAUAUGUUUGUCGACAGGGUGGAAAUAACUGUGUGAUAAAUAAAUCUGUAAGAUGUAUGUGCCGUAAAUGCAGAAUGAGAAAAUGCUUGGAAGCCGGAAUGUUACCUGAAAAUGUACAAAAUCGUCGUGAUCCUAUCAUUCCUCGAAGGCAGGACGAAAACAAUUUCCAUCAAAUCGCAUCUUCAUCUGCUACGGACAUGGCCAUAACUUCUCCAAGUCCUUCAGAAAAUGAAUCAGCUAGAAAUUUAUUCGUAAAUACACCUUCAGUCAACUUUCCCUCUUACCCUCCGUUGAAAUGCAACGUUGAUGAACCUAGCUUGCUUAUUAAGAUCCGAGAUGGAUACAGGAACUUAUGCGCGGUGAGGAGAGGAAUAGAAUUAUCGAUGAAUCCAGAAUCCAUCAAAGAUUUUUUCUCCCAAGAAAUGGAUAGUGAGAAGUUCACACCGGCAACGACGAGGAAGUGCACGCAGUUUUACCGUAAACAUAUGCCCUCCAUAUCCGGUUUCGUAAUGGAUACUUUCGAUGAUUUUAGAAGUUUAGAAGGAGAUGACAAGAGAAAUAUAUUUCACGCUUUCCUUCCUAAUUUAUGGACAAUAGACGGUGCAUAUAGAACAUAUAAGCUGUACUCAGAGAACCGUAUAGACAACUUUUCAAAGUAUAUGAUCACUGAGACAACUUACAUAGAUUUAGAGAACCUUGAUUUGUUUCUCGCAGACGCUCCUACAACGAAAACAUCAAAGUCCAACUUGGUUUCAAUGAUGAAACAAUCCUUAAAUGGUCCAAAACUCAAAGCAUUAAUUUAUAUGAAAGAGAUUUCAAUAACAGAGGAGGAGUUGGGAGCCGUCAUUGCUUUGUUAUUAUGGAAUCCAAAUAUUGACAACUGUUCACCUGAAGUAUCCAACUUCAUACGCGAGUGUCGAGGCAAAGUCUUCCAGCAGUUGCACUUAUUGUACAAAUAUAACAAGUUGGACAAUUAUGCAGAGAGAAUUGGUGACAUCAUGUGUCUUUUUACCUGUGUUUUACAUCAAACAACUCGAAUGAGGGAAGAUAUGGAGUUGUUUAACAUCUUUGACGUUUUCGCAGAAGACUCAUUCAUUUACAAUAUCAUAAGGCAGUGA